CUGGUGUAUGAGAGCGGCGCAGUGAAGAUGCAGCUUGGGGAUGUGCUAUUCGAUGUACUGCCUGGCACAGACUCAGCGUUCCGGCAGGACAUUGCGGCUGUCAGUGCAGCAGAUCAGGCCUGUGUGUUCCUCGGGGAGGUGUCGCAGCGUGCUGUGGCGUGCCCGGACAUAGGACACUUGCUAAGCGAUGAGCAGGUGGUUGGCUUGCAACCAAGUGGUGACCCCAAUGGAAAGCAGCCAGCCCACUUCACGCCCAUGGAAGUUGAUGUGAAACCAGAAGAUGCUUUAUAAUGCUGCCAUUUUUGCACGAGCAACUUCAGCAUCUGUGCACACGUGUCUCGUCAGGUUGACUGCAGCCAAAUGAGUUACAAUGUCACGAAAGUUUUGUAACGUCGAGGUGCACCCGACCAUGCGCCUGUUGUGGUUGUGUAGCUGUGCUGCAUGAAGUUUGAUUGAAGGUGAUCUCUGACUUUCAUGUUGGCACUCAGCAUGACAUGGUCCGUCCGCAUAAUCAGCGUAUGUGGCAAUGCCUAGCUGUGAAGGGCAUUAUUGCAAUAGUGGCCCACCAUACUGCAGCUUGCUGCAUGUGUCUUGUGGUGCAAGCAGUCGGUCACCCCCAGGCUUUCCUUUGCCAUGUUUUUGCGUCAAUUUAAUUAUGACAAUGAU